AUGUACUAUCCGACGCCUAAUCCUUGCGCUGACCUGGCAGAAUAUCCGCAUGCCUUCGUCUGCAGCGAGGCAAAUAAAGAGGAAUGGCUGCAACUACAGUCGGAACGCAAACGCCUGGAAUCUGAGCUCACGGAAGUUUCAAGAAGGAUGAAUUCUUUCACGUACCCAUGUCGCAUUCCUGUCGAACUCCUCGCCGAGGUCUUCGCGUACGUCGGCGCGUAUCGCCCUGGGCAACACACCACCGAUGCUAUCAUCCAAGUGUCUCACGUCUGCCACCAUUGGAGAGUGGUCGCAAACCCGAUACGCAUGAUAUAUCCAAAUUUCUGGCCUGGUCGCAAACCCGAGUACCAGUGCAUGAUUCUUCAGCGAUCCGAGGAUUGCUCGUUGUACGUCUCUGGGAAUGUUCGUCGAUGCGGCGAUUCGGAGUUCGGGCUAGUGUUCGACGAGUUACGUCGUAUAUACUCCCUGGAGUUCCCUUCCACACCCCGAGCAUCUGCAAUUGCCUGGCUAGCAUCACAGCCCUCUCACUUCCUGUCCGCCCCUCGUCUUGUAUUCCUCUCGGAAGCGUCCCCUAACUGGCCCACGGACUAUACGGAUGACUGGGACGAUGACGACUUCGAAAGCCGCUCCUUAAUUCCGAUUCUCGCUAUGCCACGUCUUCGGCACAUCGAGCUCGGUGAAUUCGAUGACAAUGCUCUGGAUUCUUUGACCCUGAUGUGCCGUGAACUCGAUCUAGAAGAGCUCGAGGACAGUACGCAUGAUAUAUCCAAAUUUCUGGCCGUAUUAGGGCGCGCCCCGCUUCUGGAGAGCUUCCGCAUUUACGGCGGAGUCUGGCACGCCGCGCCGCGGACCAGUCGCAAUAUUCCAAUGCCAAAACUCGAACAGAUCGUACUGGAGCGGGUGCAGUUGGAGACUUGGGGGCCAUUUCUUCACGAUAUCACUGCACCAAACUUGUCAGCGGCGAGGAUAAUGGGAGUCGCGGUUUCAUCAGCGAAUUCUUCAGUACCUCAUCACCUUGCAGAGCUACUCACUGCAGCUACGACAGUCGUGUCUAUGGCCACGGCGGCUUGGAGAAGAGGUGCUGAAUCGUCUUUCGAGCUCGGCAUCACACAAACCUCUGAAAAUAUGUGGCUCCUUGGAUCCGCGAGCAGCUGCAUAGCCGAGCCCCUGACCGAUGCUUUUUACCGGCGAUGGAACAACUCCAAGAAUGCAUUCCAUGUUUUCUUGCCCGAUGCUCUGGGCAUGUCACUUCUUCGUAAUUCUCUUGCCGGUCCCGAGAUUCAGCACCUGGUUAUCUGCAACCCAGGUUACGCAUGGGAUGUUACAGGCUGCAGCAGGGUCCUCGGAACACUAAACCCUAACAUUGAAGAAGUCACUUUCUCUAACGUCAACCUCGACCUCAUCGUCGCCCUUCUCUCCCAAGAUCCUCCCCCACUGUCCAAACUCCGUACGCUACAUCUUUAUAUGUGUACUCGAGCUCUCUACUCCGAGUCGCUCGAACCGAUGGACGCCGUCUCCCAAGACCAGCUCAUAGAGAUGCAGCUCACCUCACGUGUGCGCUCAAGGUCGUUGUCCAAUUUCUUGGUAAUGGUGAGGCAGAGACGUGCCCUUGGGAUGCCUGUGCAACGACUCUCAUUCUUUCGUUGUCAGUGGCAGUGGUCGUCCGAGGAAGAAGCAGCGUUCUUGGCAGUCAUUCCAGACUUUUCCGUUGGAUGCUUUGAACCGGUAAACGAGUGA